AUUAGACCUAACAGUUCCAUUGCCCAGAUGUGAGCGUCUAUAGUGUCUUGUCUUUAUAAAUUAUUUUUUGUUUGAAUUAAUUCAUGGUUUUUGACGUUAUGUAAAUAGUUCUGUUUUUUUUUUUUGGGGAAAUUGUGAUUUUUUGAUAUUCUUGUUCCGGAAAAAUUCAUCAAAAUGACAGUUGUUACGGGAUCGACGCAAAAGAUUCAACAAGGAAAUGCCAUUUUUCAGUAUUUAGCAGCUUUAACAGGCACACUCAACAUUAUCACUAGCGGAAUGCAUUACGGAUGGCCAUCACCAUCCUUACCAAAACUUCUCAGCAAUACCUCUUCAAUCCCAACAACCGAUGACCAAGGAUCCUGGAUGGCCGUGAUGCCCCUGUUAGGAGCCCUGUUAGGCUCCCCGAUUGUAGGAGCCACAGUAGACAUAGUAGGACGCAAACGCACCAUCCUGAUAUCAUCAGCACCGUUUGUUGCCGCUUGGAUGAUGAUCGCUUUUGCUCAAUCGGUCACUGUUAUUUACGUGGCCAGGUUUAUUGCUGGAGUAGCUGAUGGUUUAAUAUUCACAUCUCUUCCAAUGUAUGUAGGCGAAAUUUCUGAAGCCAAAGUGAGAGGACUUUUGGGCUCCAGUGUUUCGGUUAUGUGGAUAUUUGGAUUAUUGCUGGUCAACGUUAUUGGUUCCUAUUUAAGUAUUACAAUGUCUGCUAUAGUUUGUGGUAUUCUACCAUUGAUUACAAUGAUAACUUUUCCAUUCAUGCCCGAAUCGCCUUAUGGUUUGUUAAUGCAUAGUAAACCAGAAGAAGCCAAGAAAAGCUUGCAGAAGCUUAGAGGAUUGCAAGAUGUUGAUAAUGAAUUAAAUCGAAUAAGCUUAGCAGUCAAAGAACAAACUGAAGCUAGUGGGAAGUUUUGGGAUUUAUUCACAAACAAAGUUAAUAGGAAGGCUGUUUUCAUUAUGAUGGUGCUUAGAGGUGCUCAGCAACUAAGUGGUACAACUGCAGUUACUUUUUAUACUCAAUCUAUUUUUAUUGAAGCAGGAGAUCAUAUAUCUUCUGAAUUAGCUAGUAUAAUUUAUUAUUCAGUUCAACUUACACUAGCAUGUUUUUGCUCAAGCAUUGUAGAUAAAGCUGGUAGAAGACCUUUACUUAUAGUCUCAAUAACUGGCUCUGCAGUAUUUCUUUGUAUGGAAGGAGUUUAUUUUUAUAUUAAAUCUUGUACUAGUAUAGAUGUAGAACCAUUUAGUAUAGUACCUGUUGUAGGAUUAAUAGGUUUUGUGAUAAUAUUUUCUUUAGGAAUGCAAACAAUACCAAUUUUGAUGUUGGGUGAAUUAUUUUCUUCAAACGUUAAAGCUUUUGCCCUAUGCUUAGCGGAUAUUUAUUUCGCAAUAAUAGCAACGGCGGUAUCGAAAUUUUUCCAAAUCAUGAAAGACAGUUUUGGAAUGUAUACACCAUUUUUUGCAUUUUCUUGCAGUUGCGCCAUAGGAUUAGUUUUAAUUGUAUUAUUUGUACCUGAAACUAAAGGACAAACUUUGGAAGAUAUCCAAACGAUUUUAAAAGGGGAUCAAGUGUUGACUAAAAAUGAAAUUCGUGAAAAUGAAGACAGUUGUUAGAAGAAAUCAUUGUGAAGCACUGCCUUAUUCAAGUAUGUAUGAUAAUUAUUGCUAUAUAUUUUUUAAAAUCACAAUGCAAGGCUGAUUUUAGUGAUCUUUCCUUAUAUUUAGUAAUUAUUUUAUAGAUUAUAGUAUUAUGAUUGAUGAAUGUAAAUAUGUGUAUGAAUGUUUAGUUUCUUUUCAGUCAUCUGAAAAAAUUUCCAUGUAUGUAUUAAUAUGAAACAUUAUUGUA